CUCCAGCGAGGCCGAGCGGGACGCGGCCCUGGCCCAGAGCAGGGUGCUCACGGUGGAGAGGGAGGAGCUCGAGGGCCAGGUGGCCAAAACCGCGCUGGAGAACGAGCGGCUCCAGUCCGUCGUCGCGGACACGCUGGCGGAGAAGGACGCGGCUGGAGGGCAUCGCGAAGGAGAAGGCCGAGGUCGAGCGGCAGCUCGCCGAGGCGAGGGCCUUCGCGGAGGAGCUCGAGGAGGGGAACGCGCGAAGCGCGCGGAGCGCGUGGAGAAGAUCAUGAAGACGGGAGAGGCGGAGCGGGCGCGUCUGGAGAGCCUGGUCACGGCCAGCGCGGAGGAGAAGGAGGCGGUGCAGAAGCAGCAGGCCGCCCUCGACGCCAAGAUCGCGGAGGUGACGAAGCACAACAGGCAGCUCCAGGCGCAGCUCCAGCACAGGGAGAAGGUCGAGGAGGCCGUGAAGCUGCUUGAGGAGGAGAAGGGCAAGAUCCAAGAGAAAUUCGAGGCCAGCCAGGCCGAGCAGAGACGCCUGGAGGCCGUCCUGGCGGAGACGUCCCAGCGGAACCAGGAGCCUCCAGGAGGAUCUGCGACAGGCGGCCGCCAGGAGCACGCGGAGCUGGAGCAGCAGAGCGGCGAGCUGCGGCGGGAGCGCGGCGAGCUGCAGGAGGGGCUGCGGCAGCAGGGCCUCGACUUCCAGGAGCGGAUCAGGACAAUAGAAGCGGAGGCGAGGCUGGUCCAGGAGAAGGCCGAGCAGCAGAUGGCCGAGGCGGUGCGCGAGCGCGACGACGCGGCCCGCGCGCUGCAGCAGGAGCGCGCCGAGCGGCAGCGCGAGGUGCAGCAGGCGCAGGAGGAGAGGAAGCAGGACACUCCCCCCGGCCGGCGGGCGCCGCAGCCUGGCCGCGCGACCGACGGGCGGCUGCUGGCUGGCAGCACGGCACGGAGGAGAUUUGUCGGCAUAGGUGUCAGUAAAGUGGCAGGCUGCGCGCUGCGCCGCGUUGGCAGCCCGCCGCCGCCAGCGGCCUCGCGGCAGGGCGGCCUGCCAGGGGCAGACGCGGGGCGGGCGCGGGUGCCGCCGACUGGCGGCUGUGGCGACGACGGCGCCACGCAGGGCAAGCAGCAGGAGGGCCGGGGUGCUGGCGCAGCGACCCCCGCGCCGCGGGGCAGGGCCCCGAGGGGCGCGGCGGCAGUUGGCGACGGCACGGACGGCUCAUGCUCGGAGGCGUCCGUGGAGGACGAGGGGGCCGACGACCUUCCCUCCCGCGGCCCGCAGUGGCACUUGUGGCGCCUGGGCGAGCGGCGGCUGGGUCCCGAAGCGGUGUUUUGUGGCGACGGCAGCAGCGGCUGGCGUCGAGGGCGCGGUGGCGCUGGCGUGGCCGACGGCCCUUGCGCUGACAAGCGCACCGAAGAGUGCAAGCAGCUCUACGCGCGCCUGGACUCGCAGAUAUUGGAUCGUCCCUGGGGCUCGGGCGCCGCGGGCCCAGCCGAGUCUCCCGACGGCGAGGCCCGUGUCGCGCCCAGCGACACUCUGCUUGCCAUCGCCGCCACCGGUACCCUUGCCGUCGUGUUCCACCCCGCCGCCGCCGCCAGCAACGACGCCUCUCCCCCUUUGGAGGUGCGGGCUGGGCCGCCGCUGGCGCAGCACGAGGUGCACGUGGCGAUCGGAUCGCGGUGCGUCCGCGUGCGCGUCGCCUUCGGACUGGACCCGGCGGCGCCGCUGGCGGCCGGGGCGCCGCCGCGGGCGCCCCUGGAGGCGGCCGCGAGCCUGCAGGCGGGAUCGGCCGCGCGGCGCGGCGACGGGCGGGAUCUUCAGGGCCGCGCCGCGGGGGCGCCGGGGGAGGCAGCCGCGGGGCGCCCCGGCCAGCGGCGGCUGCAGGAGGCGCUGGAGGCCGGCGACCCCGGGGUGAGCGAGGUGGCGAAGGCGUGGCAGGCAUCGCAGUCGGGUCUGCCAGGCGGGCAGCUUUGCCGUGACCCGGGGCUCCAGCAGGCCUUGGAGAUACUCGGAGUGUUGUUGCUAGAGCUGCCUUGUGGCACUGCUCCCCCGGGUGGCCAGGAGCCAGCGGACGGCCGACGGAGCGUGCAGUGGCAAGUCCAGGGCAUAGGCACCUGCCAGGUUCAUGCCUGGGCACCCGAGCUCGUUUACGACCUCACCGACGGCGAGGUGGCGCUAUGGCCGGCAGUCCUGGAGCUCCGGCCAGGGCGCGGGUGGCUGCUGCACGCCGGCGCCGCCGCAGCGUCGCUGCUGGCGGGGCUGGCGCUGCUGGGAUGGGGCUGGCACGGAGGCGAGGCGGCAACCGCGCCAGCCGCCCCCCAGAAGGCGGCCGUGGCGCAGGGCGCGCGCGGCACGCCCCUCGGCCCCGACGCCGCUGGGGGCGCCUCGGGGCCCCAGGACGACCGGCCCGCUGCCCUCACGGGCACGCGCCGACAGGCCGACGUGGACCGCGCCCUGCUGGCCGAGUCGGUUCGGAUGCGGAGGCGCUUGAUGCAGGACCAGCGUCGCUGGACGAGCAGCGUCAUGGUCGUGUCGGUUCUGGCGUUCAUCUCCCUCCUGUUCCUCACGCUGGCCCGCUGCGGCAAGCGCGCCAUCGACCUGGGCGUCCAGAGCGCGCUGGGGGGGCCCAACCGGGAGUUGCUGGGCAGGGCGUCGGCCGCCGCCCUGCGGGGCGACCUCGGCAGCAGGGCCGCCUUCCGCGAGGCGUGCCGCGGCGGCCGCGCUGCGGCCAUCCGGGCCGCGAUCCGCUUCUGCGUCCGCGCCGACCGCGUGCGGAAGGCGGCGCUCCGGCACGCGAAUUUCACCAUGGGGAACCUCACCGAGGCUGCGCAGGCGGACGACUGGGUCCGGGUGCGCAACAUCACCCUGAUGGAGGCAAGAAGGCCAGCCAGCUGCAUAUGCCGGGCCAUUGCGCAGAACCCGUGGGCCAGCGUCGGCCUCCUCGUCGCGGCCGCGCCGCUGCUGCGGCCCGCCGCCGAGGGCGGCGCGGCCGCGGAUCGCGCUGCGCACGAUCGGGAGCUGGCCGCGCCGCCACGACGUCCGCCGGCGGCCGCCGCGGAGAGCGCAGGUCCCCGCGCCCCGCAGCAGGAGGGCGCGCUGCGAGCGGCGGCGGGCAGCGCGGCCCUGCGCGCUCCGACGCGCGUCGGCUCACUCGGCAGCAGUCUCGGCGGCGAGGAGCAGGAGCGACACCUGUCGGUCGCGCGGGAGCUCGAGCAGGCGCAGGAGCGGCGGCAGGCCGUGGCGCGGGAGCUCGAGCAGGCGCUCGCCGAGGGCCGAGCCAAGGACACCGAGGUCGUAAAGCUGAAGGAGAGGUUGGUCGUUGUGGAGAGGGAGAGAGAACUGCUGGAGAAGGAACGGAUGGUGGUGGUCGACGGGGCCAAGGAUUUGGACGGCGCGGCCAGCGGGGGAGCCGCCGCCGCCGCUGCGGCGGUUGCAGUGCAGGCCUCGGCGUCGCUGGGCGGCCAGCUGGCCGACAGCGAGCGCGCCAGGCAAGCUGCCGCGGAGGAGAGCGGGCGCCUGGCCGAGCAGCUCCAGCAGGCGAUGCGCCAGAACGAGGAGAGCUGCAGCGGCAGCUCAACUCGGCCCUGGCGCCGAAGCAGGAGCCGGAGGCCGCGCCCGCGGAGCCCACGGACCGACUUCAGCCGUAUAUUGGACGGCUGGUUGAGCACGUUGGAGGACGCCCAGGGCGCGGACGACCUCGCCCAAUGUGCUGGCCAGAAGAACAAGGACGGGACGCGCAGCGCCGCGGGGCCUUUCGCUGCGCGGUCGAGUGUGUGUUUGGAGGCGGGGCCCAUCAGGGCGCCAGCGAGGGUCAGCGCCGACGGGGGUCGGUCAAUCCCCUCCGAGAUCCUCUGGCCGAUCCAGGAUGUCAGCGCAGGAUCCCCAAGGUUUAUGGUGUAUGUUUAUGCCAUGAUUUGUUCCUCGACUUCCCCUCCAAGAUUGUCGUGA